CAUUGUCUCUCUCCUCUUUCUAAAUUUAUCACUUAAACCCCUUUUCAAUUGCUCGUUAAACCCUAAACCCUCCUUUCUUCAGUCAGAAAUAUUCAACAAUGGCGUUUUCUGCAAUUCUUCGAAGAUCUGUAAGAAACUCAUUUCCAUUUGUUUCUCAUGUAGUCAGAUCUCAAAGAAACUAUCAAUCCUCCAUAGCCGUUUACACCGCCGUUAAACGUGCUGAAUUUUCUUCCCGUUUUCUUCUUCCAACCAUAACUUCCUUUUCUACCCGCCAUUUGUGCUCUAACAUUGCAUCUUCCGAUUGUUCUUCUGAUAAGAAGCUUCUUGAAGUUCUUCAGAGUGAAAUUAGCGUUGUUGAGGAGUCUGAGGAUCAUGACAAGACUGUUGAUACUCCUAGUGACUUCCCGUUCAAAAUUGAGGACAAUGUCGGAGAGCAGACCGUAACUCUAACAAGAGAACAUGAUGGUGAAACCAUAACAGUUGUAGUAUCUAUGCCCAGUCUUGUAACUGGUGAGGGUGAGGAAGAUAAUGAUAACGAGGAUAAUGAUAAUGAGAAUGAUGAUAACGGAAACUCACGAAAUGAAUUGACUGUACCACUUCUGGUAACUGUUGCAAAGAAGAACGGACUAUCUCUGAUAUUCAAUUGCGUUGCCUAUCCUGAUGAAAUUUCGAUCAUCAGUCUUGCACUUAAGAAUCAUGAAACUGAAGAACGAAUUGCAUAUGAGGGCCCCGAGUUUAUGGAUGUGGAUGAGAAUUUGCAAAAGGCCUUUAAUAAAUAUUUGGAGAUCAGGGGUAUCAAGCCAAGCACAACCAACUUUUUGUAUCAAUACUUGUUCGACAAAGAUAACAAGGAGUAUUUUAGAUGGCUCAAGGUUGUCAAGAAGUUUGUCGAGGCAUAAGUUCAGUCAUCAGGCCUCUUGUUCGAUGGGGAAAUUCAAUUGUGGAUGGCAGUAGUAUCUGGUUAAUUUGUACAUUGAAUUUGGAUAGAUUGAUAAGAGUUUUGAAUUGAAAUUGGCAUGUCCAAUAAUAAUAUUGGUGCAUCUGAGUGACAUGGUGGUAAACUCUAUUAUGGUUAGUUAACUGAUCACCACAACAUUUGAUGUGAUCAUGGACAGAUAAAAGCUUCAAAUCUUUUUUAAUAUUGGACUAUAAUUUGAUGUGAUCAUCAUUCAUCAGCC